AUGUUCAUAGCUGUGAAUAUAUACAACAGAUAUUACGUGUGUCAUUCACAUUUUCCCGAGAUUUAUCAUUUACCAGGAAGUAAAAGAGGUCUCACAGUUGAUGCAGUUCCAACAAUUGGUGUACCAGGUACUAGUACUAGUACAGAUCUGCUUACAAAUGAGCCAAAGCUUUUUGAAGUGAUUUCAGUAGUUAAUAAGGAGAAAAUAACUUCUGAAGCUGGACCAAGUGGGAUAGAUAAAUCAAUACCAGAAGAAAUCCGGGACAACCACAGCCUGCCCCCAGGAGCAGCAGAUACAGCAGAUCUAAUUUUAUUCUUGGGCAACCUUUUCGAUUCUUUGAAUGUGACAAGGAAGUCAAAAUCACAUGGCAAACCUUACAAACAAGCUGCCACCAAAACAUCAUGGCACAUUGAGUUUUGGCGUUAUGCUGUUGAAGUACUGAGCAGCAUGACUUUCUUCUGUCCAGUCAAGAAUCUACAAAUGAGUACAGUUAUUCCUAAAUUCAUCAAACUUAAUAGGACAAGACUCUCCAAAUGUACAAUUGUGUAUAUGACUGGUGCACUCAUAAAAACUAUUUUUAAAAAUGAGUCUAUCAAAAGGUGCGAUAUUUGUAGGAAUAACUUACUCAGUAAUAAUGAGCUAGUGAAGGAUACAGAUUUUAUUGAACCUGGGACAUAUGAAUCUGGAAAUUUAAUAAAACCAGGUUCAUAUGCCCAUUUACUUUUCAGUCAUUCUUUCAGCUAUCUAUUUUAUUACAUCCCAAGAAUAUGCGAGAGGAAAAAUGUUUCAAAAAUUUUAUUUGAUAUUUUAUCAAAAACUUUCGAAUAUGCCAUUAUGAAAUGUGCAUCACAUAAUCUCGAUAAGAUUUUAUGUGAAACAAUCAUCAGAUGUAUCUUAUUUUGGUGGUGCUAGCAAGUUAAUAAAAUUGCGGGUGGAACUGACACAAAGUUCUCAAGCUUUCUGCGGACCAAACCCAAAAAAGAUUUGAUUGACCCUUUUAAAUUGCAAGCCAAAAAUUAUUUUGAUUCAAGAAGGAAGUAUAAUAGACGAAUGAUUACCUGACUACAAUGAACAUCUGUUGUAUAGAGGGUGUUCCUAAAUUGGAGUUACGAA